UUUAAUUUUUAACCUCAAAUACGUUUGGACCGAUUAAAAAAAAAAAUAAAAAAUAAAAAUCUUUAAUGAUAGGGCAUAGGCAUUUUUUAAUAUUCUUGUCUAUGGUGCAAUAGUCAUAGUGCAUUCUCAAUACUGGCUGCCCGCCUUAUUUGCGUUAGGCACUUUACUAGGUGCGCUGGUUUUUUGCACAGCCGUGUAGGUUGUGCCCGUUGUUUUGUAUAUUUUUUUUCCAAAAUACAACCGUAGACCGUAGUACCUGUUAGGUUAGGUUUUAGUAUUUGAAAUUACAUAGUCAGAAUACAAUGUAUUAUUAUAACCGAUUAUGUGUUCUUAUUACUUCCUAGAAGUCACAUUAAAUGUUCUCGACAGAAAAGGGGACAUCGUUGACGUGAAUGACGGCAAAUUUUCUUUCUACAUCAAGGAAGCACUUAAAGAAGUUUUUGGCCAGUUUGGAUCAAGUGUCAACUUUGAUGUUCUAAGGUUUAAAGCUGGAAAAGGCAUAAUUAGGUGUCCAUCUACUUUUUACAUUAAAUUUCGAGGAGCUCUUACUUUAUUUGGACGUCACAACUCAAAUACUGUUGCAUUCAACGUGCAUCGCGGUUCGUCUUGCUUAAUAUCAUUCAUCACAGAAGACAGCACUUAUAAACAUGUCACAAGUAAUUAAAGAUGGAAAAGACACAAUCAUAUUUGCCACGAAAGAAGAUCAUCAGUCACCUAGUAAAGUCAUAUUAUCACCUCCAGAACCCUCCCCUGGUCUCAUAUUUCCAGAUGGCUCCAUCAACUGGAAUUGCCCGUGCUUAGGAGGAAUGGCGACUGGGCCUUGUGGGGUUGAAUUUAGAGAAUCAUUUACGUGUUUUCAUUAUAGUAAAGAAGAACCUAAAGGUAUGGAAUGUAGGGAAAAGUUCACAGCUAUGUGGACUUGCAUGGACCAAUAUCCAGAAGUAUAUUCAGAAGGUUUAAAAGACGAUGAAGAAUUUUUAAAUGCUGAAGAACAAGCUGGUGAAUCCAUCAAAAAUAAAGAAACAAAUUCGUAAAAUUUGUUGUUAAACUGUGCUGUUUUAGAAUUAUUUUUUUUUUCGUUUUAAAUAGAUGUUUUAGGUAUUAAAUUUAUAUUUUUGUUUUGUUU